AUGGAUUGUGACACUUAUGAGCUGGAUUCCCUGGAUGUCCCUCCUCUCACUCCGACCAGUAAGGAGGUCCUCAGCCAGGCGGUGAAAGCCAGUUUUGCUGGCUUUGCCCAGGAGAUGGUCAGUUGUCAAAUCCCACACGGUAGGAUCCCCUCACACUUUAUUUCAGACAUGCAGAAUGGAACCGCUGAACUACGAUUAACAGCUCCUGCCGGAUGUAUUUACUGUGCGCGCGUUUGUGUAGAUCCGACCAUGUGGUCAGAGUGGGAGGUCAACCACUGGCUGGACUGGUGCCAGGCCGAGUUCGGCCUCCACUGCCUGGCCUCCGACUUGAGGGGGGUCCCGGGCAGCGAGCUGUGUGGUCUGGACAGAGACGCCUUCCUGAGUCUGAUGUCUGACUCCACGGCAGGGGAGAUCCUGUGGGAGCACCUGCAGACCAUGAGGAGAGAAAACUGCUCAGAGUAUAUUCAGGAGAUUUCAGACAAACCAAAUCCCCCAAAUCAGUUUCAUCCCACAGAGAGUUCAAACCUCUACAUCCUGGAACCUGUGUCGUUGCAACAUGAAGGCUGCUAUCUGAUGAAAAAUGAACAUCCUGACAGGAACUUCAGCGUUUCAGCUCUGAUGCCCGAAAGAGACGGAAACAGAGAGAUACCCUCAGAAGCAAACGGUGUUCACAAUGGUGACUCUGACAGUGUGGGCUCUCUAUCCUGGAUGGAAGAGAAUAUUUCUGAUGAUGUUUUCACGUCACCCCAAAAACAUAAAAGCUUCAAAGACUACGUUGGCAACAAAAGAGAUCUGAGUACGGCCGUUAUACCAGCAGCCAUCCUCGCAGGUUACACUGGUAGUGGUCCCAUUCAGCUUUGGCAGUUUCUGCUGGAGCUUUUGACUGACCGCAGCUGCCAGUCAUGCAUAAGCUGGACCGGAGACGGGUGGGAAUUUAAGCUAACAGACCCAGACGAGGUAGCCCUGCUCUGGGGUAGGAGGAAGAACAAACCAAAGAUGAACUAUGAGAAACUUAGCCGGGGCCUUCGGUACUAUUACGACAAGAACAUAAUCCGCAAGACAGCUGGCAAACGCUACGUGUAUCGCUUCGUCUGCAACCUGCAAGGGCUUCUGGGAUACGAGCCGGGGGAGCUCCACGCCAUGUUGGACAUCAGCAACAAGAGGCAGUACUGA